AAAUAAUUGGCCCAAAAAUGAGAAAGGAAACGAUGUCGAUUUCGUGUCGCUGAUCAUGGUCAUGAUACGAUCGAAUGAUGAUCAGAUGUGACGUCGACGUCGCGUGGAUCCCAAAACUGAAAAACAAACAAAAAAAAUCUGGCCAGAUCGCGGUCUCGAUCUCAUCAUCUACCUGCUACGUAAUCACCUACUCUGCAGUAUGUCACCAGUCCAGGUGACCCUGGCUUGAACUGAAGGCUUGAUGUCCUCCGCGCCGGAGCUCCGGUUUUGAAGUACCUGCUGUCCCUGCUAUUUCUCCUUCCAUUGGGUUCGCACGAUAAUCAGUACCGCCCAAAGGUUCUCCAGUACGAUGUCGUCAGUGCAUUUGACGACAGAGAACGUGAGUGAAAUCAUUGAGGACAUCGACACUUUCUUAUUCGACUGUGACGGUGUGAUAUGGAAGGACACGGAGGUUAUACCAGGCGUGCCAGAAGCAUUGGACAGCCUAAGAAAGCGGGGCAAACGAGUGCUGUUCGUGUCGAACAAUAGCACACGCACACGGCCAGAGUACACGGCCAAAAUGGCCAAGAUGGGAAUCAGCGCCAAGCCGGAGGAGGUGUUCGGCACAGCGUAUGCCACAGCUCACUACCUGCAGAAGCAUUCCAAGGGCAAGGUGUACGUCGUGGCCGGCGAGCCGCUAAAGAAGGAACUGGAUGCCCGCAACGUUCCAUGCUUCGGACCUGGACUGGACCCAGUGGAUGACGAGGGAGUGCGUGCGCUGCCAUCUCAUCUCACCACGCUGCCGCUCGACCCGGAGGUCAAGACAGUGUGUGUCGGUUAUGAUCCACAUCUGAAUAUUAUCAAGCUGACCAAGGCCAUCAACUACCUGCAAGAUCCCGACUGCCUGUUCGUCGGUACCAACACCGAUCGGAGCCUGCCGAAUCCCACCAGUCGCCUCAUUGCCGGAACGGGCUGUUUCGUGGAGUUUGUGGCAAGGACGGCCAACCGCGAGCCGACCUACGUGGGCAAGCCGUUCACGCCGAUAUUUGACUGCAUCUGCGAGGAGUGCUCUGCAGCAGGGCAACCAAUUGAUCCUGCCCGGACAUGUAUGAUCGGUGACAACCCGCUGACGGACAUUCCGUUUGGCAACCGUCACGGCAUGAAAACCCUACUGGUGUUCACAGGCCAUGGCACGAGAGAAGACCUGGAGUCGUUGGCAGCUGAGGACGAUCGGCGGCCGACGUACUUCACCGACACCGCUGCUGUUCUGUCGUGCAGCUAAGUGCUGGUGUUGGCUCUUCCAGUGUACACCUGUGUGCGUGUGUGUGUGUGUGUGUGCGUGAGAGACCAAUGUGCUCUCCUAGAAUUCUGUGUUGAUCUACUAAUGGCCGCGUGGGAUCAUGCACCGGAAUCAGAUUGUCUACAUCUAACUAGACUAUGUACUAUUCAGGCCUUAUCAGCGCUGACUAGGGACUUGUUGCCAGAAGACUUCUCCUGUUGAUUUUUGAGGCUGGACGUAUACUGGCCCUGUGCACUGCCAUGCCCCCUGCUCACGGCUGCAGGUCAUGUGACUGAUCUAGCUGUUCCUGACGGACUAUGCUGCACGUCCUGCCCGUCAUGUGUGUACCCUCACUGCACACACGCACGCACACACCCACCCCCUCACUGCACGCACAUACGCACGCCACACCCCACCCCCUCACUGCACACACACGCACGCACCCCACCCCACCCCCCUCACUGCACACACACACAUGCACGCAUACACACUGGGGAUGUUGCUCCGAUACAUAUGCUCUGCAAGGCCAUCGCCGCCACAUGUGACUCUGUGUGUGUGUCACUGUGUGUGUGUGUGUGUGUGUGUGUGUGUGUGUGUGUGUGUGUGUGUGUGUGUGUGUGUGUGUGUGUGUGUGUGUGUGUGUGUGUGCGCGCGCGUGCGUGUGUUGAAUGGUGUAAUCCCAGCACAAGUUGCUAUGUCUAAAACAUAGCUGUUCGCUAUCAUCGCUCCCGCGAUGGGCAUGUCUGAGGUCUGAGGUGUGUGUGUGUGUGUAUAAGCAUAGGGCAGCACUUGUCUUACUACAUUUGAUUUUAUUCCACACUCACACACUACGAAUCAUGUAACUUAUUCACGCAAGCUGGUGGUCAUUUAUUUUAUUAGGUUUUUCAGUAGACAUGUACAUUUGGUACACUUUUCAGACUGAUUUCAUGAUUUAUUUUCAAGUUACAGUAUUGACUCGCACAGCGGGUCAGUAGCACUAGUACUAGCACAUGCAGUAGUAAGAUAUCCUGGCUGCACUGA